UGUGGACGAAAAAUUGAACAAGAAAAAGUUUUUUUAAAAAAGCCAUAUUAGCAUUAGCCAAAAUGACAACAUCUUUUCCAAUGAAUGCUGGUCAUGGUCCUUAUAGCUUCUUCAAAAACUCCCAAUUGGCGAGAGAAGUGUUAGAGGGUUCAAAGAAAAUGGUGAGAGAUGCAAUUAUUGAAAAGCUUGACAUCAAAAUCGUGUUAUCUUCUUCAAACACAUUAUGUAUUGCAGAGUUGGGAUGUUCAGUUGGACCAAACACUUUAAUUGCAAUGCAACAUGUUGUAGAAGCUCUAAAGGACAAGUACUUGUCCCAAGUCAUGACAAAUUCUACUAAAAACAAUAUUCUUGAAUUCAAAAUAUUCUUCAAUGAUCAUGUCACCAAUGAUUUCAAUACCCUCUUUCGAUCACUACCUAUCGAUCGAUCCUACUAUGCAUUCGGAGUUCCAGGAUCGUUCCAUGGUAGAUUAUUUCCAUCGCAAUCAAUACAUUUUGCACAUUCUUCUUGUUCUAUACAUUGGUUAUCUAAGAUUCCAAAAGAGUUAUUAGAUGAAAAAUCUCCAGCAUGGAAUAAGGGAUUGAUUCAUUAUAUCGGUGCAUCAAAUAUUGAAGUAGUGAAUGCUUAUGUUGCUCAAUUUGAAAAGGACAUGGAAAUGUUCUUUAAUGCAAGAGCUAAGGAGAUUGUUCCCGGAGGAAUGAUGGUGCUUAUUACACCAUUUUCAAGUUAUAUACGUCUCAUGAAAUUCUUUGGCUCUAGUCUUAUGGAUUUGGUUAAUGAGGGAAAGUUAGAUGAGUCGUUAGUUGACUCAUUCAAUUUGCCAAUGUAUUUUCCUUCUGUUGAAGACAUGACUAAAGUGGUGGAGAAAAAUGAUUGUUUUAGCAUAGAGAAAAUAGAGUUAACAUAUCCAAAAUCAAAGCUUGUGGAUGAGGCUGAUGCAAAGACUUUAAUGAUAAAUCUAAGGGCUGUUGUAGAAGGACUUUUAAUUAAUCACUUUGGAAGUGAAAUUGGAAAAAAGGCUUGUGAAACGACUAUUCUCAAAAGUAAAGAGAUUUCAGCAUGGAUGAAAGCUAAUUAUGAAAAAUCAUGUCAACUGUUUGUUGCUUUGAAGCGUAAAUAAAUUUCUAUAAAACACUUGUAAUUUAUUAAUUUUAACUAAUAUUUAUCUAUCAACUUGCA